AUGUUCACGCCACAAAGUAACACAGAUAACAAUAGUGCCAGUAUUAAUAUUAAAGCUGAUAACAACACAAAAGAAGAUUCUAAUAAAAAUGCUACUAAACAAUCAUAUACUUCUACGUCUUCGAUAAGAAAUAAUAUUUAUCAGUCAUUAAAAUCGAACCAUCCUAAUAAGAAUUUUAAAAAUAGUCAUUUAAUGAAUCCAAUAAAUACAUCUUUUACUAAGAACCACAAGUCACAUUCUACUGCAGAUGGAAGUUUUAAUAAUAUUAACGAGUCCAUAGAUGUACCCGCUAUAACAUUGACUGAGGCAGAUAACAUUUCUAAAAUCAGAAAAAAAACCCCGAUGUCUAUUGGUACUAUGACAGCCGUGACUUCUAAUGAUAAUGAUAAAACUGAAAAUAAUAUGGUCAAUAAUGAUUAUGCAGAUACUGGUUCUCAUAUGGAUAAUAAUUGCAAUUCUAUUUUAUUAACUAAAGCCCAUAAUGUACCAGUAUAUAACCUGCAUAAUAAUAAUGAUAAUAAUAAUAAUUCAAACAAUUUAAAUUAUAAAAAAAAAGAUGGAUUUGAUAAUAGUGAAAUAUUUUUCAAAAUACAUAGUAGUACUAACAAGAAUACAAAUAAUGCCGCCAGUUUCAACAAUAAUAUUAUAAAUGGUAACGUUGAUAAAAACCAUCUCGGUUUGAAUGAGUUUUUUCAACAAAACAAAAUCAAUAAUAUGACAGAGGAUUUAGAAACCAGAAUGAAAAAAAUCACAAAUGUAUCUAAAGGCAAAUUUAGUGAUUUAGUAUUUUCGCAAGCUCCUCUGCAUAAUAUGCCCCCUAACGUUAAUGCUAAUAUCAAAACUUUAACGCCGCCUCUACCACCUCCUCCUCCAGGUUUAUCCUUCUUAUUAUCUGAUGGCUCCCCUAGUGAAAGAAGACAUAGCUCUGGUUCAAGGUCGCAUUCAAGAACUUAUUCAUCUUCAGCUCUCCCACCCAUCACUAAAAUAGUAACAAAUACUUCUUCUACUUCAUCAUCAACGUCGUCAACAUCAUCUGCUCCUUUAUCUGAAGUAUUAUCUGACUCCUCAUCUCUAGCAAUAAAGCCUUUAAACAACUAUGCUACUGAAUCGUCUUGUGAGACAGCGUUAAAAAAUGGUUCUAAUAAUAGUAAUAAUGGUCAUAGUAAUUUUUUAAAUGUACCCUCAAUUACCAAUUUUACAGAAGUGAAAAACCCUCGCUUGAGACUGUCGUCUUCUUCAUUACAUGUACCUAAUACAAAUGUUACUGGAUCACUUGAUAAAAUGAAAUCCAGCUCAUCAUUAAGAAAAAUUAAUUCGAAUUCUUCUGCUUAUUCUGCUAGUAGGCUACAGCUGACACCUAGUGCUGGUAGCGGAGGCAGUAUUGGUUCUAAUUUAAAGUCGCAUACAAUUAUGACCGGUGUUUCUUCUUCGCCAUUUCAUCAAAGGACUUAUAGUAGUGGUAUUAAUAAUAUUAAUGGAUCUGACGAUUUUUAUUCAUUGAAUUCAAAGCUAAUGCACAAUCAUGGUAAUGCACCAACUGGUUCACAAAAAAAUAUUCUUUUGAAUGACCUACAUAACAAAAAUAGCAGCAAAAGAUUAGUGAAUCAAUUUUUUGAAGAUUUCUCUAAUAUUAAAAGUAGUGAUGGUGUACGCACCGAAAAUGGGGGAAACAAUAGUAAUAGCAAAAAUCCAGACAUCGAUAAUAUUAAUGAUAAUGAUCUUGAUAUUAAUAAUAGCAACAAUAAUAAACCAAACUUAUUGCUUGAUGAUCAAACAAAUAAUUCAUUUUUGAUUGACGGUAGCCAUAAAAAUAUUUCUGAUAGUGUCAAUAAUAAUGAUAGUAGGAAAAGAUCUAAUACACUGCUUGACGAUGAAAAAAAUGUUUUCCCAUUCUCUGAUGAUCAUCCAACAAAAUUUUAUAACACCAGUGAUAACAGUAAAGAUAAUUAUGAUGCCACCACUAUUAAUGGUAAUAAGUAUACUGACAAGAAUGACACGAAUGACAAUAAUGUUAUUACUAACAAGAUCACUAAUGAUGAUCAUGACUUUAUUAACUAUCAUUUAAUGGAUGAACCCAAUCAUCUAAAGAAAAUAGCGACUUCUGAUACAAAUUAUAUGAGUUAUACAACUCCGCAUAAUUAUUGCUACAAUAAUAACAAUGGAUAUCAUUAUUUUCGGCACGACAACGGUGAUGAUACAGCACACAAUGAAAUUUAUCAGGACAAUACAAAUGACAAAAAUGGAGAUAACUUAUUUGCAAAUUAUUUAAUGUAUGGGUUGCACUUAACUGGUUUCCAUAAUGUUUAUUCUCCUCAUAGCAACCGUCGUAAUCACCGCCGACGUGCUCCGAGUAGUAGCGGGCGGAGCAAUAAUCAAUUUUGGACACCUUAUAGUCAUAAUAAUUUUUAUUCCAGUAACCUGGUAAAUAAUAUAAAUAAGAAAAUUAAUAAUACACCAAUUCCAAGUAAUCUCGCCACAGAUGACCAUUUAAAUGUAGUAGAUUAUUCUUCAAGGAGCAAUAGCAAUUGGUCUUCGAUCUAUACCAAAGAUAAUGGUAAUAAUUAUGCUGAAGAUUUUAAUAACAAUCCUAUAAUAAAUGAAUAUUCUAGUAAUGGCACAUUAUUGGAGACUUUAAAACCACAUAAAUCAAGAGAUUCCCUAAUUUCAAAUGAAACCAAUUUAAAUAUGCUUUACCCAGGUUCUGGUAAAGACUUGGCUAAUAUUCUUAUUAGUGAAGAUUUAGGUAAGAUUAAUAAAAACAUUCGGGAUUAUUUAAAUAACGUUGUAUUAAAUAAGACAAAUUAUAUUAACAAUAAAAUGCAACUACUGAGUUUGUUAAAAAACCAAUUGAAAUCAUCGAAUGAACAGGGGGACCAGUUAAUUGAAGAUAUUGAAAAUAGUCUAAACGAACGGAUAUUACAAAAUGAAAAAGAUUUGGAAUAUUUUGCUGGGGAGCUUUAUAAAAACAUUGAUAGUAACAAUGAAAAAUUAAAAGUUUUAAGGAAGAAAGUAGAAGAGUAUUCAAAAUUAUUAAAGAAAGAGAAGGAAAGAUUAGCUAGAAUUGAAAACUUUGUAGAAGUUUUAAAAAUUCUAGAUAAGGCACAUAAGAAAAUGAAAUUUAUCGAUAAAUUAGCAUAUCAAUAUUAUUCCAAAGGUGGUAAUAAAGGUAUAAGCACGAUUGGGGGACCUAAAUUCGCCACUUUCAAUUACAAUGUGGAGAAUAUAAUAAGAGAAGUUUUUAAAAAAUUCAAUAAAAAAACAGGGUACGAUUCAAACUCUAAAAUUGAUAAUAUCGUUUUCGAAGCUCCUGUUUUGUCCAAUAAUUCCAUAAUACGCUUGAGAUCUCCUUUAGUAUCAAUAUAUCUAUCAAAUAAAGAUUUGAAAAGUCUAUGUCAAGAUUUGAAGGAUGAUUUGUUGCUAAUAAUUUAUGAGCUAGGGAAUAAUCUAAUACAGAAUAAAAUAUUGAAUAAAUUAAAAAUACAAGAAACCCAUAAUGUUACCAGUAACACAACCAAAAAAAAUGAUAAAAACAAAAUAAGUUUUGAUGAAGUAACUAAGUUAAUUCACAAAAUGAAUAAUUUAGAAAAAGGUGAUGACAAUUCAACUCAUAUCAACGGUUUAACUCUAAAUUCCAAGACCAUACAGAGAUUGUCUAAGUACACAUUUCUUAUUGAAUUUGAACAUUAUUGGACGGUUAACAUCAUUAUUAAAGAUAUAAGAAAGUUAUCUAAAAUAAGAAACAUCCUACUUUUAAGGGAAGCAGCCAAUAUGGGUGUCACUGCUAACAAUGAAAAUGUGAAUCUUCCCAAGUCUAGAGUAAUACUUUCUGAAUACAAAGAUGAUAAAAUUGGAACCAGUGCUUUAGGAGAAGAGAAAGAAACAGAUGAUAAAUUUAAUAACGAUGAUAAUGAUAUUGACAAUCCAGAUAAUUUGUUGCAAUAUACAGGUAGUAUGGACUCAAUGCAAGUAUCAAUAAGAACUAUUAAACACAAAAAAACUACUAAGAUAUUAAUUGAAGAUGAAGACUCUGUAUCUGAAAUUCGCAAUGCGGUUGUAACUGUAGAUGAGGAUACAGAAUUAAAUAGAGAAGAUGAAAAAAUAAAGUUAGUAUUUGGUUAUGACCCAACUUGGAACUUAGGACAUUGUAUAGACAUCCAAGUGUUGUCUAGACCAAGAAGAUCGACUGUUAGGCCAUCGGAAACAUGA